UCAGCACCAAAAAGAUCCUCAGGACUCUGCGAUGCGAGAAGAUGGUGCAUGUAAACACAGCGAGGGAGAUGACUGUGUCGUUUUGUCUUGACUGCAGUGGCCACUUGCAUAGAUAAACCCGAAGUUUGAAGUCAAAAAGACUAAAGGAGGUAACAUUUUAAACCGCCAGAAGCGCGUAAACGGAGCAGCAGAGAUGCGACGGCAAUAACAACACUUGAUGAAAUUGGUUGAGCCCCAUGACGACGCGUUAAAGCUUUUGCUGCGCUGCGACAGGCAAAAACAAAAGGACUGCUCUCAUGUCAGCCCAUAUGACAGGCUUUCUUGUGUAAUGGUCGCUGGUUUCUAGUGGGAUGCACAUCAGUGUUUGGCCGUACUCGCUCUCCGUCGUAAUGGCAGCUCUGUACCAGGGCACGGACGUUUCCUCUCCGGAUAAAUUUCUGGCCUUGAAAGACGUGAGAGAGGUGAAGGAGGAAACAACGCUGGAUGAGAAGCUCUUCUUGCUGGCAUGCGAGAAAGGUGACUACUACAUGGUGAAGAAACUGCUCGAGGAGAACCGACACGGCGAGCUCAACCUCAACUGCGUAGAUGUGCUGGGCCGGGAUGCCGUCACCAUCACCAUCGAGAACGAGAAUCUAGACAUCCUGCAGCUUCUUCUUGAACAUGGCUGCCAGGCGACAGAUGCCUUGUUGGUGGCCAUAGACUCUGAGGUGGUGGGAGCUGUGGACAUCCUCCUCAACCACAGGCCGAGGCGAUCCUCCAAGCCCUCCAUUGCUAAACUGAUGCAGCGGAUUCAGAACCCAGAGUAUUCCACCACCAUGGACGUGGCUCCAGUCAUCCUGGCAGCCCACAGGAACAACUACGAGAUCUUGACUAUGCUGCUGAAACAAGACAUCUCGCUCCCGCGGCCUCACGCUGUGGGCUGCGAGUGCACGCUCUGCAACGCUAAAAACAAAAAGGACAGCUUACGACACUCCAGGUUCCGCCUGGACAUCUACCGCUGCCUGGCCAGCCCCUCUCUGAUCAUGCUGACUGAAGAAGAUCCCAUACUGAGAGCGUUUGAGCUGAGUGCAGACCUCAGGGAGCUCAGCCUGGUUGAAGUGGAGUUCAGGAAUGAUUAUGAGGAGCUGGCGAAGCAGUGUAAGAUGUUUGCCAAGGACCUGCUGGCACAGGCUCGAAAUUCUCGAGAGCUCGAAGUGAUUCUUAACCACACAUCCAGUGAGGAUCACGUUGACAAGAGAGGCUUACUGGAAGAGCGAAUGAACCUCAGUCGACUCAAACUCGCCAUCAAGUACAACCAGAAAGAGUUUGUGGCUCAGUCCAACUGUCAACAGUUCCUCAACACCGUCUGGUUUGGAGAGACGGCCAGCUACCGGCGCAAACACACGUGUCUGAAGAUGGCCACGGUGCUGAGCGUGGCGAUGCUUUGGCCGCUGCUCUCUGUCUGCUACCUUCUGGUGCCACGCUCCCGUGUGGGCCAGAUUAUCCACACGCCCUUCGUCAAGUUCAUCAUCCACAGCGCCUCCUACUUCUCCUUCCUGCUGCUGCUCAACCUUUACUCUCUGGUCUACAACGAGGGCAAGAAAAACACCAUGGGCCCUGCGCUGGAGAUGAUAGAUUUCCUGCUCAUCCUCUGGAUCAUAGGGAUGGUGUGGUCGGAUGUGAAGCGUCUGUGGUACGAGGGUCUGGAAGACUUUCUGGAGGAGUCUAGGAACCAGCUGAGCUUUGUGAUGAAUUCCCUUUACCUCGCCACCUUUGCCCUCAAGAUAGUUGCUCAUAGCAAGUUCAAGAAUGUGGAGGACACAGAGAGGAAGAACUGGGAUGCCUUCCAUCCCAUCUUGGUGGCUGAGGGCCUGUUUGCCUUUGCCAACAUCCUAAGUUACCUGCGACUCUUCUUCAUGUACACCACCAGCUCCAUACUGGGGCCGCUACAGAUCUCCAUGGGUCAGAUGCUGCAGGAGUUUGGAAAGUUUCUGGGCCUCUUCCUGUUGGUGUUAUUCUCCUUCACCAUUGGACUCACCCAGCUUUAUGGAAAGGACCAGAAAGACCCAGACAAGAAUCCACCAAAGAACUGCGAGGGCAUAUUCUGCCAGCAACAGAGCAAUGAUGCAUUCCACACGUUUAUGGGGACCUGCUAUGCCCUUUUCUGGUACAUCUUCUCCCUGGCACACGUUGCGCUCUUCGUCACCCGCAUCAGCUACACGGAGGAGCUGCGCUCUUUUGUGGGUGCCAUGAUCAUAGGCACCUACAACAUUGUGGUGGUUAUCGUGCUGACUAAGCUGAUGGUGGCCAUGCUCCAUAAAAGCUUUAGACAAAUUGCCAAUCACGAGGAUAAGGAGUGGAAGUUUGCUCGUGCCAAACUGUGGCUAAGCUACUUUGAUGACAAGUGUACCAUGCCUCCUCCGUUCAAUAUCCUCCCCUCACCGAAGACUGUGUGCUACCUGGUGACCAGCAUGAGCAAGUGGAUCUGUUCGCACACGUCAAAGGGCAAGGUGAAGAGACAGAACAGCCUCAAGGAGUGGAAGAACCUGAAGCAGAAGCGUGAUGAGAACUAUCAGAAGAUCAUGUGUUGUCUGGUUCACCGCUACUUGACCUCCACGCGGCAGAAGAUGCAGAGCACAGACCAGGCCACGGUGGAAAAUCUCAACGACCUGCGCCAAGACCUCUCCAAGUUUCGCAACGAGAUGAGGGACCUGCUCGGCUUCCGGACCUCUAAAUAUGCCAUGUUCUACCCACGGAGCUAAAGAAAGACUAGAUAUAUCAUCCCCUUUCCCUUCUCCCUUUGACAAAACCUCUGCUUCUCGUUAAUCUGGGAGGCUGUGUGACCCGAGCAUGUGCAAAAACUCUUUUGAUGUCACAGACGCAACUUUUAAAACCUGGACCUUAACUAGAAAACAUAUAUAUGUAUUCUCCACUAAAGCCUCCAGACUCAGGCCCCCUAUGUAUUAUUCAGCUAACCCUUUUUGUAAAUAAAGAAAGCCAUUGUUUUCAACAGAAAGACGCUUUGAUGGCAUAAAGUGCUGAUUUUGCUGAAUACAAAUGCUGCUUUUCAGA